CCCCUCACACAGGGCAUGGUGCCCAACAGCUACCUGUUGGCAGGGCAGCUGGUGGUACUGAUUGGGGUGACACUUUCUUGCCCACAGGUGUUUGUGCUAUGCCAUGGCCUCCUCCAGCUGUCCCAGCUCCUCUACAGUGCCAACUUCAAGAGCAGCCUCACCACCAUCGAGAAGCGCUUCGGGCUCUCCAGUCUCUCAUCGGGUUUCAUCUCCAGCUUACAUGAGAUUGGCAAUGUGGUCCUCAUCAUCUUUGUCAGCUACUUUGGUAGUCGAGUGCACCGCCCACGGGUGAUUGGAGCUGGGGGGCUGCUGCUGGCACUGGGAGCCUUCCUGGUGACCCUGCCCCACUUUCUCUCAGACCCCUACGAAUACACCACACUAAGUGCUGGUAACAAGAGCCAGAUCCAGGCUGAGCUCUGCUACGCAGAGAACAAGUUUGUGUGCCCAAAUGCCACCCAGGACCCUCAGAAGGAGGCCAGCAGCAUAUGGGCAAUGAUGGUCAUCGCUCAGCUCUUGGCUGGAAUUGGGACAGUUCCCAUCCAGCCCUUUGGGAUCUCCUACGUGGAUGACUUUGCAGAAGCAAACAAUUCUCCACUGUAUGUUGCCAUCCUCUUUGCCAUCGCAGUGUUUGGCCCCGCGUUUGGGUACCUGCUGGGCUCUGUGGUGCUGCGGCUCUUCGUGGACAUUGGCAGAGUUGACAUGGCAACAGUGACCCUGACCUCGCAGGACCAGCGGUGGAUCGGAGCCUGGUGGCUGGGGCUGCUGAUCUCCUCCGGCUGCUUGGUGCUCACGUCCAUCCCUUACUUCUUUUUCCCUCGGUACAUGCUGAAGGGAAAGGACCCAAGCUCAGAGGAUGGCAUGCUGAGGAAGAUGGAGAAGAGGGAAUUUGAAGAAAUCUCCCUGCUGGAAUUUAUCAAAAGAUUCCCGAAGAUCUUCCUCAAGCUGCUCCUCAACCCCCUGUUUAUCCUCCUGGUGCUUGCUCAGUGCAGCUUCUCCUCUGUCAUUGCGGGUCUCUCCACCUUCCUCAACAAGUUCCUGGAGAAGCAGUACGGUGCUACCUCCUCUUAUGCCAACUUUCUCAUCGGAGCCGUCAACCUGCCAGCAGCAGCACUUGGGAUGCUCUUAGGAGGAAUCAUCAUGAAACGCUUCGCCUUCUCCCUCCGGGCCAUCCCCCGGUUCUCCGUGGUGGUACUGGUUUUCUCCAUCCUCAUCUGCCUGCCCAUUUUCUUCAUGGGCUGCUCCACAGGGCUCGUCGAUGGGAUCUACCCCUCCAGAACACAGAGUUCCCAGCCACAGGUUAAGGCACCCAGUGGGUGCCGCUGCUCCGAGCACAUCUUUCACCCGGUGUGUGGAGAAAACAACGUGGAGUACAUCUCACCCUGCUUUGCUGGCUGCACCAACAGCAGCACUGAUUCCUCAGCUCCCAGAGAGGUGAUCUACAGAAACUGCUCCCAGAUCUCUGCCGGUAACGGGUUGUCCUCUGCCAAGACGGGCUCCUGUCCCCUCAGCUGCUCCCACAUGCUCCUCCCUGCCAUCUUCCUCAUCUCCUUCGCUGCCCUGGUGGCCUGCUUGUGUCACAACCCCCUCUACAUGAUGGUGUUACGGGUGGUGAACCAGGAUGAGAAGUCAUUUGCCAUUGGCGUCCAGUUCUUGCUGAUGAGGUUGCUGGCCUGGCUCCCAGCUCCAGCCAUGUUUGGUGCCCUCAUCGACUCCUCCUGCAUCUACUGGCAGAAACAGUGCUCACUGCGUCGCUUCUGUGCCUACUACAACAACGACUUCCUUCGCAACAGAUACCUGGGGCUGCAGAUGGGAUACAAAGUGGUGGGCACCAUCCUCCUUGCCCUCAUUGGCUGGAAGGUGAAGAGGAGCAAAGAGUACAAUGUGCAGGAGAAGGCGGCCGGCCUGGUGUAACUGAGCAAAGACUGACUGCACUUCAUUCCCCACCACCAGCACUUUGCCCUUUGGGGAAUUUGGUUGAUUUCUCAUUCUUUUGUAUUGGAGCAACAUCAGCAUAGUAGCUCCUCACUCCUCUCCUGACAACUCAGCCUGGGGAGAGGGCAUCUUUGUGCUCCCAGCAAAGGACAAUCCCCACUGGUCCCAUCUUUGGAUGCAGCUCUGGGCACAUUGGGGACCAGCUCCUCCAAGACUCACCAAUUGCUUUGCACUCCCAGGAAGCAGGAGGCAGAUAGGGGCUGUGUUCCAGCCUGGACCCACAUACACAGAUGCAAGCAAUGGUCCUGCUCCGCUGUGCCUUUUCCAGCCAGGUGUUGCCCUCCAGACAGGAUAGGAGCAAGCAAGAUUGCUGCCAAGUCCUAGGGGCUUCCCUGUCUGCCCCUGCCCAUCUCUCUUGUACAGGUCAACAUGGACAUGAAAAGUCAUCACUUGUGGU